GACUCAGGCUGUAGGAUGACACGAUUAUUAAAAUUAUAUGUGCUCCGAGAGGAGAGAAAAGAUGCGAACAGGCCAAAUAGAGUAUCAAUUGAUGUGACGAUGGCUCCACGUUUCUUGUCGCACGGCCAGACGUUUCGGGCAGUGAUAGGCGACACCCUCGUACUGCCGUGUGAAGUGGACGACUUAGGGUCAUACGUGUUACUAUGGCGACGUGGAAGCUCUGUACUGACUGCCGCGACGCUGAUGGUGACCAGGGACUCCCGCUUCCGUCUUGUGGACGGAUACAACUUGGAGAUCAACAAUGUGAUGCCGCAAGACGCUGGCGACUACGUGUGUCAGAUAAGCGACGGCGAUAACCGCGACCAGAUACACACUGUUGAGAUUCUGGUGCCACCUAGCAUCCGCAUGUCGCCGUCCAACGGCCAGCUGAAGGCUCGCAAGGGUGGAUCUAUCACUCUAGAAUGCAAGGCGUCGGGGAAUCCCGUUCCCAGUAUUCACUGGACACGCAAGGACAAUAUUCUGCCGACGGGAGAAAAGGCUAUGGAAGGUUUCUCCAUUACACUGAACAAAGUGGACAGGCAUCAGGCGGGCGUGUACCAGUGCACCGCAUCCAACGGUGUCGGAGAUCCCGUCACGGUGGACAUGCAACUCGACGUCCUCUAUCCGCCAGAGAUCGAAGUGGAGCGAAGCUGGGUUCACACAGGCGAGGGCUACGAAGCCCAGCUGGUUUGCAUCGUUCAUGGUGAACCAGCCCCUGAGUUGAUGUGGUACCAAGACACCAUCUUGUUGGAUCCAACAGAUCGACGUAAGAUGGAGUCACGCGGAAACAAACAUACGCUCAACAUUCGCAACGUACAGGGUUCCGAUUUUGGAAACUAUAGCUGUGUGGCAGAUAACUCGCUGGGACGUGCUAAGAAGUAUAUGGAACUGUCAGGGCGGCCCAGCCCAGCAGAAUUUCGCAGUGCGCCUUUCAGCCGCUCAUUGGACAGUUACAACCUUACGUGGGUCGUCGAGAGCUACCCGCUACUGGAAGAAGUCCGUCUGCUGUACAGGAAACUAAUGAUGAACGAGACGUACCAACAUCCCGGUAAGUGGCAUGACGUCAUACUACCGGCCCCUCAUGACGAGACUUUCACGCACGUCAUGUCCUACAACAUAAAAGGACUUGAUCAUGGUUCCGUUUUCGAAGCGAUUGUCCAAGCCAAGAAUAAGUACGGCUGGAACGAGGUGUCGGACCUCUAUCAGUUCUACACUAGCGGUGCAGAACCCAAAAUGGAAGACAUGGAACUCAUCGGAAGUUCAGAUUCGUUCUCCUUGUCUCCGUGUCGGACAAUGUUGGCAACACUGUGGAUCAUAGUGUCUACUGUGUUCUGUCACUUAUAGAACAUGUGUCUCUGUGAUGGAACUUUUAUGAGAAAUAACCUGUGACAUGAAACACUGGUUGGAAGCGACAUUCGAGGCAACUAAAGCAGUCCAGUCAGAAUAUAAUACCGUUGAACACGUGGACAAAUUAGGAAGUGCAGUAAAGAUAUUUUUUUCAACAUUAAAGAUUGUGUCCAUCCUUUAACCAGCCAACUUAUCUACAAAAAAACAUGAAGAUUUAAAUGGAAUUAUUGAACUGAUUCAAUUACGUGGAUGUAAUAUACCAACUUUUUAGAAGUGACAGUGCGAAGUGAAUCUGACAAAUUUUUAAUAAAGUGUGACGUAUUAGGAGGAUCUAUUUCUCUCCCACUUCCAGAAUAACAGACGAAGGAAUGCAAUUACUUAUUAAAAACCAAAUGUUUUUAAUAGAGCAAAAUGUUUAAACCUAUCUUUUUGUGUGGUAGACAAAGUGAUAAAGGACAAUGAAGACUAAGGUGAUAAGAGAAAUCAAUUUAAUUAAUAAUAGCGUCGGUGUUCUCAAAAGUGAUAUAUAACCCCUCUUUCAAAUCCCUGGAAGUGUUUGGAUAUAAACAGUAUCUUUUAUUGACACCACCAUCUGAAUAAUGUUGCAACGAUAUAUAAUAAUUUUUCACUGUAUUAUGGUAAAGUAAUAACAAAAAGUUGUAUUUUUCGUAUGACCUACACGUUAUGUUCAAAUCUGCUAUUAAUGUACUCACUCCAAAAAUGCAUGUCCCCUCCCCACUCAGCAUGUAAAAUAAAUAAAUAGUUCUUAUAAUGUAGGUUUCCCCUCAGAUAAUUAUAUUGCGUAACAGCUUGUGUGGAAAGUGAAUUAAAUUUUGGUGCAAGUAUGUUAAAAUUCUGUGGUAUUUUUCUUUUCGAUUUACAACUGAUAUUUAAUAUUUUAUUUACAGAACAUUUAAAUUAUAAAUAUCUUUUUUAAUAUUGAUACAUAACUGUAAAUGAUUAUUUUGAUGCCCAUUUUUAUUAAGAUUGCUAUAAAUUUGAAUUAUUCUGUAAAUUUAUAAAAUCUUAAUUUAUUUUAAUAGCGUCAAAAGUAAAGUGUCCUCACUUUGGGAACCCGAAAUGUUCCAUUCUUUAGUGAAGAAAGAUUCUCUAACAUAUCUCAUUCGGUUUUUUUUCAGUUUCAGUGUUAGCUUUUUUCCUAUAGUUGAUUUUACGAAAAUGUUUUCCACUGCUAACAAAUUAGCAUUUAAUGUUAAUUUUUAAAGGGAAUAAAGUGCAUAACAUUAUUUAAUAAUUUGCUUCCCACAUCCGUGAAAUGUCACCUAAUGUCAGCUACAACGAUCUGUUAGGAAAAUUUCCGAGAACGCAGAUGCAUCGUAUGAACUUAAUUCUGAUGUUAAGACUGGAAGACAAAGACGUAGGCUAAAAGAUUCUCAGACUGUUUAUUUCUCUGCUGCUGAAUUUAAAGAUUUACACAGAGAAAAACAAACGUAUUGAGAGGAAGUAAUAUCAGGACACAACUCCUUGCUUUCUUUUUGAUCAUUGUUUCGUAAGUAUAAAGUCUGCAGAGAAAAAGUGAUUUCGUCAGUUACAUAACGUUACUAGAUGGAAAAGAAAUGUAUAUGAAAAUUUAAAUAUUGAAUUGUAAACAGUUUUGUUGGGAAAUAUAUUAUUAAAUAAUGGUUUCAAUAAUAUAAUAUUUAAUUCAUGACAAAAAAUAUUAAUAGUUUUAAGAAUUUUUCUCCAUUCGUAAAGAAUUUUAAAAUCGUGCUGAAAGUUGCCUGAAAAGUGUACAUAGGUAAAAUGAAACUUUGUCCAAGAAAUUAAUUUUUUUGCAGUUUAGCCCUCGGUUCAAGAUUCAUGUGAAUGGUUUAAUUCAUGUUUCGUCUGCUAUGGAAGUUGCCCACAAUAUCAUACUCUUAAUGGAAUGUUAUUCGUAUUUAUUUUAGUUCUUACGAAAUCACAGUAUGUGUGUAGUGAUGAAUUAUCAGGUCAGUGUACCUGCAGAAAACCACCGUCAUGGCAAUGAAUACUUUCAAGUGUAAUUCACACACCCUGGUGUACGUAAAUUUUCUAAUAUGCACCUUGUGUUAGAUGUAUUGAAUAAGGCAAAUCAAAUACAGGAGGUCAGAAAGCUGGACUGUUCUUAUUGCAAUUUUUACGUACUACAGAAAGUAAACAAACAUCUUUUCAAGUAAUAUGACGUUAUUUAAAAUUUUCUCCAAAGUACACUACCCAACUGAAAGGGUACCAGACACCCCACCCACGCACAUUUAUUCAUCCCAGGCCACUAUAACCUAACCAGUUGAGUCAGAAUAGUUACAGGUCAGAAUUUGCAAAUGCAAUCAUUCGUCUCAUUCUCGUCAUUGUUGGUUACAUUGGACUCUUCAUUGUUUAUUUUUGUCGUUCAUCAUAGAUAAUAUCAAAUUUUAGAUAUUCGUGUAAAGCACCAGGAGGGAUAUCUUCGGAUUUGUAUCUCCAUGCUCCAAUUUCAAAAAAAGAUGUAUAUCAUGUGCAUCAUUUCCAACCAUCUCUUCUCUGUUUGCUCGCAAUAGCGGAGAUAUCGUUAUAACCGUGCUCGUUAUAAAUGUGUUCUGCUGUAUAAGUUCAUGAGACUCUUUGCAAGAGUAUUUCCUGCACCAAACAUCGCAGAUUACGUUUUAAUACAGUGUUUCUUGUUAAGCUAUCUUCUGCUAAAACGUGGAGUUUCCCUAUUCUUCUACAGCAAGGGCAUUAUUGUUGGCGUAUUGGUGAGUUAGUUUUGAUUACAAAUUUGUUAAUGAUUUCCUUCUUUAGAGACACACUUCCAUCAAGAUUUUAAUUUUUGAUUUUCUCUGAGUCUGAUUUAUGAAGAAAUAAAUAACUUUCGCAUUUCCAGAAAGCGAGAUACCUGGAAAAUAUUUGCGCAAUGCACUUUUUUCAUAGAUGUUCUGACGUGAAGAAUCUCAGAGACUCGCCCGUUACGCAGUAGUAUCAGAUUUCUUGCUACAUUCAUCUAUACUAGACUUGGAGGAGGUGCUCUGAUGUCUUUUAGAAGAAUUGAAUUAUUUGGAAUCCUUCAUUUUCAGUGUAUUCUGCUGUCUACUUCCGAUUGGAAGGUGAAAUUAUUUUCUAUUUUCCGUAAAUGUUCUUAAACUAUAAAAUUUAACGAUGAUUUAAUGUUCCGAAUUUCUGACCUAUCCUGGUAAUAUGGAUUAAAAGGUGCAUUAUCCGCUAAUAUUGUAUUAUUUUGUCAACUUUCUUCUCUAUUAAGCUCACUGUUAUAUCACCACUGAUUAAUCGUAACGGAGUAUAAUUUUUCGUUAUUUCUUGCAAACAAGUGUGACAGGUUUAGUUAAUGUAAUAUAUUUUAAUUUACUUUUCAAUGUAAUUAAUUUACAAGUAGGUUUUAAUUGCAUUACUGAAAUGUAUUUGAAACUGAGUGACCAAGUAAUUUUUGAGUUUAAGAUUACGCAGUCUUGAUUUUAUACUGUGAUGCUAGUUUCUAAAGCCAAAAUUCAAAAAGGUAAUAUUCUGUGAAAAAUUAAUUUUUAAAUAGACAGAGCUUAAUAUUUAAGUAGCUCCAUAAUAAGGCAAAAGGCAGAGUAAUAUAAUUACAGGUAGACAUAUUUAUUUCAAAACAGUUUUCUUCAUAGAUGCGUGAACAGAAGUUGUGUAUAAAUUAAAUAAGGAACAUUUUGUGGUUUUAACAUCACAGCUCAAUAUUGAUGCUAAAGUGAAAAGUGCUAAUGGAAUGCUUAUACAGUGUGUAAUAUAUUCCGUAAAACAGAUCAUUUGUAAUAGCCAAUGUCUGUGUUUAUUUGGGUACAGGUUAUCUGAAAUAUGUUUACUUCCAGGCCUUUGAUUUUAUUGUAAAUUUUUUUAUAUAUUUUUAUCAUUGUUCAACUUUUAACUUUAGUUUUGACUGCGUACAUGUUACCAAUUUCUUGCAAACAAAUGUCUUACUGUUAAGACAAUUGUCUCCUUACUAGAGUCUAUGUCCAUCAUACAAUGCAUAAAACUGAAACGUUAACUACAGCUUCAAUUUUGUAUCCAAAGUUUCUUAGUUUUUAAAUGGUAGAUAAAGGAAAUUUCUUUAAUUAAAAUUACAAAUUUUAGUUUUAUUUUUUGUAAUGUUACCUACACAGAUUAAAUUCAGAUAAUUGUACCUUUGUUUAUGCAUUAGAAGUACACAAUCAAUAAAAUCAUUUUUCGUACACUUUUAACGAAGGAUGUAAAAACAUCAAAUUCCAAAUACCACAUUUAUGUUAGUCUACAAAUGUGAAAUAUUAAACGGUUAUUAUUUCCUAAUCAGUAUAAUAAUAUUUUCUGCUAUUAUAUUUUUUGUGAAUGGGGUGUAAGUUCUUAUGUAAAUAUAAAUACGAUUAAUUUCAAUUGUAACAUAAAUUAAAUAAAAUCCAUUUCGUAUA